AUGGGAAAUUCAUUUGCUAAUGCUUUUGUUGAAAAACAAAGAGCUCUCCAAUUGGAGAUGCAAGACCGUAUGGCCAUCAAUCAAAAGAAAUCACAAAUGGCCAUGCAGGAACGAAUGAAGAGAAUGCAAAUCGCUACUCAAGUUGCUAUGGCUAGAGAAAGGUUUUGGUGGUUCGCAGGAUUUCAUGCAUUCAUUACAACAGGAAUGGCCAUCAAGAGAAAGAAUAUCCCACCCGCAGCAGUUUUGCCCUAUUUGGCGUUCACAUUGGUCACCUUGUAUCAAUGGGACUUUGCCUAUGGAAACAAAUUAGAGAGAAUUGAAAAGAUUUAUAACAAGGUGCAACAAGAAGAACAUUGGUAUACUCCUGUCGAUCAAGAAGCAAAAUAA